AUGUCCGGCCCCCUCGCCAACGUCGACGUCUCCAAGCUGUCCGACCGCGACAAGCAGGAGCUGCAGCAAUUUGUCGUCAACGAGAGCCAGAAGGCCAGGAUCCAGUCAUCUAUCCACAGUCUGACCGACGUCUGCUUCAAGAAAUGCAUCCCCGCCGGCGGCGUCAAGAACGGGAAACUGGACAAAUACGAGGAGCCGUGUGUGCGGCAGUGCGUGGAUCGGUUCUUGGAUGCGAAUUUGGUGGUGUUGAGGGAGCUGGAGAGGUUGAGGGGGUAG